AUGAGACUAAAGCGCCUUCAAGCCGAGGAGAACGCGGCGGCCCAAGCGGCCAACAUGGAGAGAAAAGUUGCAUUCAGACCGCCGCCAAUCGGAGAAUCAAGAAGCACGACCAUCACACGUGAUACUGGAUCCAAUGCAGAUACAUACAUGAGACUCAACGUCGGUGGGAAAUCGUAUUAUGUACGUGCCGAACUCUACACUGCUGAAUGGACGAGAAUGCACGAGUUGCUCGAUUCGAGUCAUGAGGAGAGACUGAAAAUGGUUGAUGGAUUUGACAAUAAGACUGGAGAAUACUAUUUGGAAAGAAACACGAAACUAACUGAUCAUGUGAUGGACUUUUUUGUGACCGGAAGCCUUCAUAAGCCACAGAAUAUUUGUGUGGAGCGGUUCAAAGAGGAAUUGGAGUACUGGAAAAUUAAACCAGAUCAGCUCUCCUCUUGUUGCCAAAUACCAAGUGAGCAUCAUCACCACCCCAGUCGUAAAUUAUCUCAUGGCACGUCAUUCAACGAAGACGACUACGUGGCCGACUUCGACGGCGCCUGCUUCGCCGGAGCGCGUCUAACGAUGUGGCGAUUCCUCGAGGACCCUCAAUCAUCCCUAUUCGCCGCCAUAUUUGCUCUUCUCUCUGUCUUCUUCGUUUUCGCCUCAGUCGUUGGACUUAUUCUCGGCUCAAUGCCCGAAUUCCAGGCAGACUCGUCGAAUGCGGCAGCUUAUCAUGUUAUGCAUGUCAGGAGUCGACCUAAUGACUAUGGGAACAAAUUUGAUAAUAAUGAUGAAGUGGCCCCAAAUGAGUUGCUCAAAGACUUUGUGUACAAACCUACGGAUUCGCCGAACCUCCCAUUGACUAUUUUGGAAUAUAUCUGUAUUGGAUGGUUUACUUUCGAAUAUUUAGUCAGAUUCUUCAUCUACCCCCGAAAACGACAGUUUGUGAAGAAAACUCUCAACAUCAUUGAUCUCUCCACAAUUCUUCCGUUUUAUCUCGAAAUUUGUCUUCCAUUGUUUGGAGUAGAAUCACGUCUGAAAGAGUUUACAGGAGCAAUGCUGGUGGUUCGGGUGCUUCGAGUUUUGAGGAUGGCAAGGGUUUUCAAGUUGGCGAGAUAUAGUACAAGUCUUCAGACAUUCGGCCACACCCUCCAAUCGUCUAUAACCGAGCUAAGCAUGCUCAGUAUGUUCCUGAUCACAGGCAUCGUCUUCUUCUCGACCAUCAUGUAUUAUUUGGAGAAAGACGAGCCGCACACCGAUUUCUACAGUAUCCCCGCCGGCUGCUGGUGGUGUGUGGUUACAAUGGCUACAGUAGGCUAUGGAGAUGCGAAGCCAGUCACCACGUUGGGAAAACUCGUCGCAACUUCCACAUCAAUCUGCGGAAUCAUCGUGUUAGCAUUCCCAAUUUCGAUGAUUGUCGAAAAAUUCGCCACGGCGCAGCAGAGAGCGAUAGAGGACCAACAGAUACAGCAAGCUCAAAUGUCGGCUGUGGCCAACAACGCGCUGCUCCGUCGAUUCCCGACGCGAAGGAAAGUUCGAAGGAAUACGACUGUCUCCGUGAACAAUAACAUCUAA